UCUAUCAUAUCAGCUAGUCCUGAAAGGUCAGAAAUGAAGCAUUAUCAUAAUCAGCUUUUGUUGAUUAUUAUCCAGUGUCUAGUACUGAUCUGAAAUACAGAGCUGAAAUUACUUUCAGUUUAACUGAAUUCUGAUACCCACAUGAUUUUUUUUAAUCUCCCUUAUUUUUCACUGCUGUAUUAUCCUUCGAAUUGAUGCUUCUGCUUAGGCUUUAUUGUGCUAAGUAAUCUAGGUUUUAGUUGAUUCUGUUAUCUAUUCAAUAAGUUACCAGUCUAUAAACUAGCAUACCAUUUCUGAAGUCUGUAGAAAACUUUUAUGUCUAAACGCAACCAAGUUAACAAGUUUAGAUAAUUUUACUGGUGAGGGCAGUUUUAUCCAUAAGAUCUUCUUUGACACAGAAAAGGGGAUAGGUUUUACAAUCCCUUUCCAUCUCAUUUGUUCUUGAUGUUUGAGAAGCCUUUCAGAAGAGUGUGAAAUUAUAACAAGGGCAAGUAACAAAAAAUAGUUCACCUUCUAUCAAAACUGUUGGAUCGAAGGCCUUCUGUGAACAUGAAAGACCAAUGUUAUUUGUAGGAAGGAUGUCUCCAUGUAGACAGACUCAGUAAUUGCAUAAAUUCUAAAAAGCUAAUGAAGCAAGGCCUUUCCUUUAUAAAAGUCAUGCUGGAUUUUUUCCCCCUCUGAUACGCUGGUUGCUCUUCAGAUCAGAAAUCUUCAUCACUCUUUAAUGUUUAACUUUUAUGCACAUUGAGCUAUCCUUCAUAGCAUUCUCUAGUUUAUUUGGGACCGAAGUUAAGAUGACCUAGAUCUUUUUUAAAGAUUAUAUAGGCUCUUUUGAAGUCCUCAAUAAGAAAGCUAAUUUUAAUAAGUUUAUAUUUUAAUUAAGAGUCUGGAAAAAAUGCCACUGGCCCCACACUGAAUUGUAAAGUAUGAAUGAAUUAAUAUUGAGAGUACUACAAGACAGCAAUUUUCUACAUACUGGGGCAUUUGGAUUUCCCUAUAGGGCUAAGUGAGAAAAAAGUGGGGUUAUUAAGAAAAUUGCAUAACUAAUUGUCUAAAAAAUGCUGUUUUCUUGUAUCUUGCCCCUUUACAGGUCCCAAUUAAAUUUCGUUAUCCCUUUUAUUAUGAAAUGUGCUGGUAUGUACUAGAACGCUAUGUCUAUUGCAUCACUAACCGUUCCCAUUUGACCAAGGACUUUCAGAAGGAAUCACUUAACAUGGAUAUGGAACUGUGCAAUGCAGAGUCAGGAAAUGUGGAUGAAGACGAUGCUGUGGGCGGAAAGGAAUCACGUCGUCCAACCACCAGAAGGUCAAUCCUUACCAGCCCAGUAGCUAAUGGUGCUAAUCUAGACUAUGAUGAAAUAAGUAGAGGCUGUCGAAGUUUGCCAAGUCUUAAGAGAACUCUCUCCAUGGAUUCUGAAUCCAGUCGAGGUUCCCAAAAUGGCCAAGCAUGGGAUUCUCACAGCAAUUGUUCACUUAAAGACAAGAAGGUACACCUAACACAGUUUGAGCUUGAAGGUAUGCGUUGUCUUGUAGACAAGCUGGAAUCUUUGCCUCUACACAAGAAGUGUGUACCCACAGGCAUAGAAGAUGAGGAUGCUCUUAUUGCAGAUGUUAAGGUAAGAUGGAAAUAUUGUCUUUUUCUAUAGCUGUGUCAAGUUAAGGAACAGUAAUAACCAAUUGAAAUAUUUAAUAAGGACUGGAUGAUAUAGCCAACUGUGCUGCACUACUGCAAUCUUGUUUAACACUGGAAUCAAAAUAGCUAUUUUAUUUUGUACUUAUCAAAAUUCCUGACAUUAUUCAAUUUGUCUUUGAAAAUGUUUCUGCCUUCCCUGCAGUACUAACUAGAAAUAAUGCAGAUUUGUCAGUCUGGGAAUAAUAUCCGUGUUUCCCCAAAAAAUAAGACCGUCUUAUUUUCAUUUGGGUCCUAAAAUAAGCACUAGGGCUUAUUUUUUGGGGAUAUCUUUUCUUCCAUGUACGGGAGACCCACUUCUGCUUGCUCGCAGAGGGGCAAGAGGCUGCAUGGCACAUCUGUACUACCACCAUGAGGCAGUGGGGAUGGAGCUGCCCCACGUGCUUGCACUGGGUUAUCUCAGGGCCCCCACAGCCAAGUCACCCAUGCCCUGACACUUGCUUUGCCUCACAGUCAGGGCACCAACAGCCCCAUUCAGCAGGACCCUGCAUGGUUGCCGGCCCACUUCUGCUUGCUCGCGGCCUCAACGGAGCAAGAGGGCAAGCAACACACUGGUGCCGUGGUCACAAGGUGAGGCGGGUGGAGUUACUGCACACGCACCUCACCAGCUUACUUUAGGGCCCCCGCAGCCAUGCCCUGAAACCUGCCUCACCUUGCAGCCACUGCACCGCUUGGCCUCCUGCUCCAUUGCGGCCAUAAGCAAGCAGAAGUGGGCCAGUAGCCACAUAGGCUCCUGCCUCAUAUGGCUGCUAGUGCUGCCACCACGAGGCAGGUGUUGGGACGUGGAUGGUCUGGUUGUGGGGGCAGAGGUAAACUAGUGUGGGACACAUGGUGCAGCUGCACCACCUCACCUCGUGGCCAUGGCACCACAAACAACCAGACAGAAUGUAGGUGGCCAGCUCCGCAUGUUCUUAAGUAGGACUUAUUUUGAGGAUAAGGCUUAUAUUAGGCACAGGCAUAAAAAAACACGCUAGGGCUUAUCUUUGGGAUUUGUCUUGUUUUUAGGGAAACAAGGCAUACCAUUUCAUUUGCAUCCCAAGAGAAGGUUCAAAAAAUUUUACACAUCCCUAAUAUGGGCACAGUUGUUACCAACUUACAUUUUGGUAAUAUUUUAUAACAGGGAUAUCAAACUCACGUCAUCACAGCAACAUCACAUGACGUACUAGGACUUUUUUCCCCUUCUUUAAACCGGGCAUGGGCAGCACGUGAUGCAUCCAGCCCCUGGGCUGGGAGUUUGACAGCCCAGUUUUAUAACAUGUAUCAAUAGUGUUUCAUAUAUGAUACUUACUGUUACAAAAUUGUUUCAUGGAAAUGACACAAGGAAGUUCCUAAAUUUUAUCAGUAUGAAAUACUUCCUAUAGAAAGGCAACUAUGUAUCUUCCAUGUAUUUGCCAUUCAUAGUCCCUGAAUAAUUUGAGUAUAUCUCUGGAAGGAUUUGUUGGAACAGAAUCCUUGGUAAAAAAAAUAAUACUUUUAUUUAUGCUAAAAGUUGCCAUUGUUAGAUUCAAUAAUACUAAAUAUAUGCUCCCAGCCAGCCAGCACAUAAGCACAAAUAUCAUAUGGACAUAAAACUGUGAAAUAUUACUACAAAUUAGUAAUUUGUCAUUUGCCUGAAAGCCAAUUAAUUUUUUAAGAAAGCAGAACAUAGUAGAGUAUCCAGUGCUCCAUUAACUUCUGAUAACCUCUUAAGACUGGAUUCACCAUCUAUUAAGACUAUAGCUUGCUUAUGAAAAGUUUGCUGAAUUGUCUGGAUUUGCCUUAUAUACUAAACCAUAAAUCAUAAUUUGCCAACCAAUAUCUAGAUUCAGAUAAUACAAGUCAAACCAAGUCAAAUCACAUUAGGGUAUUAUAUGCAUCAAAGCACAAUAACUUGAUUUGUGUAUUUUUGCUCCUUCUCUCUGGAUUUUUUCCCUCUUGUGGUUAUUUAAAGGGGGGAAGGAUUUAUUUAAUCCAAGUGAUCAGCAAAGCCACAUCAUUCAACUUGAAAGGCAAGACUGAAAAAUGUUUCCUUAUUGGAGGGUUAUUACAAGGGUGCACGUGUAUGUGUAUAUAGAACCGCAAGCCAUUAUGUCUCCUAGAGAUAACAGCUGCCAUUUGUUCAGUUGUUGUUUUAUGGGUACUGCAUGUCAUUUGAUCUCUCUACUGAAAAAUGGUGACAAAUUCAGAAGUUUCCAUAGAAAUGGUAGUGUCCAAUUACAUUGUGUAGUCUGAUAAAAAUAAAGUGAGCGCUCAGUUAGAAAUACUGCUUAGUUGUAUAAUUCCAGGUAAUGUUGCUGGUGGAACCCACAAACAAUUCAUAGUAAAAAAAAAAUAAAGCUAUGAAAAUGUUAAAACAU